AUGUUUUACAGCAUACUGCCUUUGAAAGGGAGCCAAGAAAAUUCGCCCGAGAUGGAGAACACAACUAGCACAAGCCCUACUGCGCGUCUCUCGCCUUCCAUGUCGGGACGUGACAAAGCCAAUCUACUAGACCGCAAGUUUGCAGACGCCAAGAGAAACAGUCGGUCCAAGUUUGCCGCGACAAAACAUCAGGAGUCAUCUCCACAACCCUCCACGGCACCCUCUGGUAAUGAUCCUGUCAAAUUGCAGAGAAUUUACUCGAUUCUGAAUGCCAAACGAUCAACGCCCAGCAAAGCACCCCAGCCACAGGAGCAGAGAAGCUCGUCCGGGGAGAACGGAUUGGCCGCCAAAUCGACCUCGUCGCAGGAAACCACACUGGGUCUGAGGUCUGGUGUUCGUGACGCGUCUAGUUUGGGGCUCGCGUCGCUCAAUAGUGCCGCAUCCUACAGAGACCUGAUGAUUGCGAAGCGUAACGCGUUCAAACAGCGAAUGAUCCAAAAUGAGGCCGCAAUGAGAUCAGCAGCAGAGGACUCUGCAGAGACCACCAUCGAGGCACAGCCGCCCAAACCGGACUCGCAGCCACCAGUGAAAAGUUUGUUGGAUCAUGCCCCUGUUCAGGAGACUCCGGUGCCGGAUACACCACGAGAGACGCGUCAAGCGCGUGCAGCAGUGGAGAAACAGACCGUUAAGUCUGCUCGCAAAAGAAGCUCUCCAAGCAAAUCUCCAAGUCCAGAGAAAACUCCGUCCAAGGUUACAAAGACAGUUCCCGCUUCGGAAGCACACACGCCUUCUAAUUCUCGUCCUAGCUCAGCUCCAAGCUCUGGCCGUACAAGGAGAGCCACUAGGGGGCCAGUGCCUCGCGCGCCAUUUCAGGGACCUGCUAUUCCCGCUGCUGCUGCUACUGCGAUCAAAAGCUCCAGUUUUGCAAAUGUUACAAGAGCUUCAGACAGAACAUCGGCGGCCGUGAUUUCUGAAGACCUGUCUCCAGCAGAGAAGUCUCGCAAGACUAUGAGCGACUCUGAGUUGCAUGCCAAGCGUAUUGAAGAGAAGACAAAACCAGAGUUUUCUGCCGUUGAACCUCAACCAACCAUUAUCGAAAAAGAGACCCUGCAAGUGGACUCGACUCCGCAGAAACCUGCUUCCAAUGGACCUGGACUGUUUGUUGAGGAUACCGACAACGACGACGACGUUCCACUCCAAAACGAUUGCUGA